UUACACUUACUAAUUGGAGAAACUUUGAGGGAGUUUAAAACUUAAAUUCCCAACCAUUGCAAAUAGUCUAAAGAAAAAGAGAGAAAAAUUAGACAAAACUCAAAUGGAGACAAAUGAAGAGAAAUGUAAAUUUACCAUAUUAAUAUUUUAGUGAAGUAUUAUCGGAACUUUUGAAUUAACCAAAAGGAAGUUGUAGCUUUAUAUAUAGAGAAGAUAAGUAAACACAUUCAAGUGGCAUUAUCACAAUACAAAUAUAGACAGUGCAAUGGCCCUGCAGCUGGAAGAAGAGGAAAACUUCUGCUAUGCCAUGCAGCUUGUGUUUUCUUCUGUUCUGUCCAUGUCUAUGCAAUCAGCAAUCGAGCUAGGCAUUUUCGACAUCAUAGCGAAAGCCGGUCCUGGCGCCAAACUCUCUUCAUCGGAGAUUGCAGCUCAUAUCGGCAGUGGCACCAGGAACUCUGAAGCACCGAUGAUGUUGGAUCGUAUUCUAAGGCUCCUUGCCAGUCACUCUAUUCUCAGCUGCUCUGCAGUUGCUAAUGAAGAAGAUGGGUCUGAUUCUCAGAGGCUCUACAGCCUUGGUCCUGUGUCCAACUACUUUGUGACUAAUGAAGAUGGUGUUUCUUUGGGUCCCUUGAUGGCAUUGAUUCAAGAUAAGGUCUUCCUAGACAGCUGGUCCCAACUGAAAGAUGCAGUUGUUGAAGGAGGAAUUCCAUUUAACAAGGUCCAUGGGACGCAUGCUUUUGAGUAUCCAGGUUUAGACGCCAGGUUUAAUCAAGUUUUCAACACAGCAAUGUUUAACCACACCACUAUUGUCAUGAAGAAGAUUCUUCAUCUCUACAAGGGCUUUGAGAAACUUACCCAACUUGUUGACGUUGGUGGUGGUUUGGGAGUGACUCUUAGUCUAAUCACUUCUAAACAUCCCCAUAUUAAGGGUAUCAAUUACGACUUGCCACAUGUCGUAAAACAUGCCCCUUCAUAUCCUGGGGUGGAACAUGUUGGAGGAGACAUGUUUGCAAGUGUUCCAUCUGGGGAUGCCAUUUUUAUGAAGUGGAUACUUCACGAUUGGAGUGACCAACAUUGCCUAAAGCUGUUGAAAAUUUGUUACAAUGCUAUUCCAGAGGAUGGGAAAGUGAUUAUCGUGGAAGCAGUUCUUCCAGUGAUGUCAGAGACUAGCACCGCCGUGAAGAGCACCUCCCAAAUUGAUGUGCUUAUGAUGACUCAAAACCCGGGAGGAAAGGAGCGGAGCCGAGAAGAGUUCAUGGCUUUGGCAACUGGUGCAGGAUUUAGUGGCAUUAAAUAUGAAUGUUUUGUCUGUAAUUUUUGGGUGAUGGAGAUCUUUAAGUAAACACCUGCCUCAUGGAAGUGUAAUUCUGGCCUCUUGACCUCGAAUGGACCCUCUGUCUGCAAACAUGAAAAGUCUUUACUCUCAUCACACCCUUCAAUAUUCGAAAGUCUUCUACUCUCUUCAAUGUGGCCAGAAUAUGUUUUCUUUGGUGUUUAACCCCAUGAACUGCGAAAACUUUAUAUGUGUUGUUUCAGCAGUCGAAACCUUUAAUUUGGGUCGAAGAGACAAUGCAUCGUAAUCUUUACCUCAA